AUGUCGUAUGUGCCUCCACACCUAAGGUCAAGCUCAACGACCACCACAACCACCACCACCACAGAAACCUCAUCUGUAACCCUAGACGAUCAGACCAAGCUCUCGUACCCCUCCUCCAACUCUCACUUCAACAACGACAAGUCGUCCGCUGCUUCCUUCUCCAGCUUCUCGCACUCCAAUGCCUCCCGCUGGAGCUCCGGCGCUAUCUCCACCGCCAACAGAGCUCUCGCACGGCCCGACACCGUCGUCCCUCAGUGGAAGCCCUCCGAACGCGUCCUCCGCAUGAAGCCUGAACUGAUUGAAGAGGUUUGUUUGCGGCUUAAUUUGGAUGUUUCUGUUAGUCCGGACUCUGCUCCUGCUCCAGCACCGAUUGAGUCAUUUGCAGAUAUGUGUUUGCACCCUAGCAUCAUGAAAGAUAUUGCAUACCAUGGAUACACCACGCCAACAUCCAUUCAGGCUCAAGCCAUGCCAGUUGCCCUCAGUGGGAGGGACCUAUUAGGUUGUGCUGAAACUGGCAGCGGGAAAACGGCUGCAUUUGCCAUCCCAAUGAUACAGCAUUGCUUGGCUCAACCUCCUGUUCAACGUGGUGAUGGACCACUAGCUUUGGUAUUGGCCCCGACUAGAGAGCUUGCCCAACAAAUAGAAAAAGAGGUCAAAGCUUUUAGUAAAUCUCUUGAGUCCUUCAGAACUGCCAUAGUUGUGGGUGGAACCAACAUAGCUGAGCAGAGGUCUGAGCUACGAGCAGGAGUUGAUGUGGUGGUUGCUACUCCUGGACGAUUUAUAGAUCAUUUACAACAAGGGAAUACUUCCGUCACUAGAAUUUCAUUUGUUGUUCUGGAUGAGGCUGACAGGAUGCUUGACAUGGGUUUUGAACCACAGAUAAGAGAGGUGAUGCGGAACCUUUCUGAAAAGCACCAAACUUUGCUAUUUAGUGCAACUAUGCCUGAAGAGAUCGAAGAAUUAGCCCAGGAAUACUUAACUAACCCAGUGCAAGUGAAGGUGGGAAAAGUGAGUAGCCCCACAGCAAAUGUAACUCAGACUUUGGAGAAGGUUUCUGAGAGUGAGAAGACUGAUAGGCUUUUGGCUUUGCUCGUAGAGGAGGCAUCUCGGGUUGAAAGAGCUGGCCAUCCCUUUCCCUUAACUAUCGUAUUUGUUGAAAGGAAGACAAGAUGUGACGAAGUUGCUGAUGCCUUGGUAGCACAAGGGUUGCAUGCAGUUGCUCUUCAUGGUGGUCGUACUCAGGGUGAAAGAGAGGCUGCUCUACGUGAAUUUAGAAAAGGCACUACCAAUAUUUUGGUUGCCACUGAUGUUGCAUCUCGUGGUUUGGAUGUCUCAGGAGUUGCUCAUGUUAUCAAUUUGGAUCUUCCAAAGAGCAUGGAAGAUUAUGUACACCGGAUUGGAAGGACGGGAAGAGCAGGAUCAAUGGGACAAGCUACUUCCUUUUACACUGAUCGUGAUAUGUUCCUUGUGGCAAAUAUAAAGAAAGCAAUUGCAGAUGUUGGAUCUGGAAAUGCUGUGGCUUUUGCAACUGGGAAGACUGCAAGAAGGAAAGAGAGAGAAGCAGCAGCUGCUCAAAAGCAAGCUAGGGUUGCUCUAUCAAAGUGCUCAAUAACGGGACCCACAUCCGUAAACAUUGAGGACAAGUAUAGGUUCAUGAUUGCUGAUUCCAACAGUAAAAGAGAAGGUGCUGCAGAUAGUGCUUGGGACGACUAAUGACCUUCAGUGCGUCUUUAAUUACAAGCAGCGAGUUGUGCUUGGGGCGUCAAGAGCUUGAGGUUGGUAAGAUGUACGCUGUGUGGAAGCCAGAGUAGAAGUCCCCCACCUCUCUCUCACCCUUCCUCUGUCCCACCCGCACCUUGUGGCCUGUGUCAGCUGUAAAUGUGCCUGUGCUGUUUAUGCAUGCUUUUCUUGCAAGUUUGGUAAAGUUCUUCUAUAGGCAUGUUACUUCUGACUUGAGGCUUGGACUGCAAAGGUGUUGAAUACAAUUAGUUCCUUGUAAGUUGUCCACUUUUCAGUAAUCAGAUCUGUCGUUUUAUAUCGUUAACGUACCUAGAAUCUGUACCAAGGACUAAAGGUUUGAUGCUUAGGGUUGGCUCAUAGGUUUUGCAUUGUACAUCUUAAAAAUGAAGUUGACUUGAGAAGUUUGUAGUGGAAUGAAAUACUUUGGACUGAUAAUGGCUUCCGAAAGACAUAUAUAACUUGACACUGUUUUACUCC